UGGCGAUGACAUUUGACAAACACAGUUUAAAUAUCAUCAUACUGUAAAAACGUAUAGCUUUAGUGGCGGAAUUUGGUAUCGUUAUCUAGUUAAUAACGAAUUUGUACAUAGUUUUCACGUUACGGUAACGUUCUAGAGAACGAUUUCUUAUAUUUGUUUUGAAUUGUGUCGAAUUUCCAGGUUUUACAAAGACAAUUAAUCACAAUGGAACCAAUGACACUUGGAAGCCCAUCGAGCCCUUCAGCAGCCAACACCAGCAAUUUUUUGCCGUCAUAUUUGAUGGGCGAGCCGAACACAAUGAUUGCACCACGAACAAAUACACUAUCACCGACCAAAGGACGCACUUUAGCAUUCGCUGCGUCAUCACCGACCUCACCAGUCAGCUCAACGGCUGAUUUCAAUCGGUCGAUGAUACCGCAUCGAAGUUUGUUCGGUUCAAAUAAUCAAACGACACCGCCUCAUCACAAUUUUGGCAACGCACCUCCAUUGAGUCACAAUGCAACUGCAUCGGGGCCACCGACACAGAGUUUGUUCGAUUCAAUGAGGAUGGAACAGAAUUCAGUUAUCGACAAUUCAUACAGCCAAAAACAUGCAAUUGGACAACGACAACCGAAUCAAUCGUUCGCAUUGAAUCAGUCCGUAUGCGAUUCAUACUUGAAUCAGAGCAAUUUCAAUGGCAAUAUGUCAAGAAUAACAUCGCCAUUGGAUCAGUCAUACGACUAUCGCAAUAGUUCAAUGUCAGUGAAUUGCUUAUCGCCAACAUCAAGUCGUCCGACCAAGCAUUGGAUCACAGUAUAUGGAUUUUCACCGGCCGCCACAUCCAUGAUCCUAACACACUUUGCACAGUGUGGAACGAUUCUGGAAAAAGUAUUCCCACCACAAUCCGGCAACUGGGUUCACUUACGCUUUGCAUCAAGCUUGGAAUGUGAAAAAGCACUGAACUACCACGAACGAAUUCUAGCAAAUAGCCUUAUGAUUGGCGUGACCUACUGCAAAGAUCCAAACAUCGUGGACAAGGAAAAUCUCGAGCGGAAUAACAUUUCGAUCAGUCGAGCCCGACCAUUGGCACAAGUCAGCUACAAAACCGCUCAAAGUGCAACUGACAUCACAGGAACACCAACAACACCAAGCAGAAGCUCUGGCAUCGUCAACAAAGCCAUCGAUCUGUUCUUUGGCUGGUAGAAAUUAGUUCCUGUUCAAAUUCCAUUAGACAUUCAAUUACGCAUAGGGAUUUCUUUCACAGCCCAGUGGCCUAGUAACAAGAUUUAUAACUCAUUACUGAAUUAUUCAGAACAUUUUUGUUAGAAAGAAUCAAAUUCAAUUUAAAUGUGUCAAAAUAAGUAGUUAGAAACAAUUUUAUUCAUCAUAAAAAAAAUUGUAUUGACAGCAUGGCUACAUGUCACAAACAUACUCGAUCGAAUCAUUAAAAUUAAAAAAAUUAUCGUAAAUUCAUAACAGAGAA